AGGUGGAUUAGACCGAUCUCAUGAAUUGCAAAUUCUUCUUCAGGACAAAGAACAGUGUCCUACAUUGUCCAUAUUCCCUGGAUUGAAAAAGCAUAGAUCCCAUACAAAGAGACAUUUAUCAUAUUCGCAAUAUGUUUAUAGACAUACAAUGACAGCAUCUGAAAUUCUGACAGCAGAUUUAAAUAAUCAUUCACGUGAUUUUUUUUUUUUUUUUGCGUAGUACAAACACGUUGAUGUGCUGCCAAGUAGCUAUAACUUCUCAUGAGAUGAGUCAUUUUUACAACUGUACAUGAAUGCAGCAUUUUGGUAGACUUUUCAAUCAGUCCACAAUUGCAACUGCUUGAUAGGAGAUAGGAAUACAAAAAUUUAAAUAUAUUAUUAUAGUUGUGGCGUCUAAUCUAUUAAUGUGUACCACUGCAAUAUGCUUUUUUAUUUAGUCUAAGGAAGACACUAAUACAACAUGAGAAAAUGUCGAGUUUCGGAAAUGUUUUUCAACCAUUGGUCAUGUUAAUGACCGAUAUAGCCUACUUACAAUAUAAAUGAGCGUACGUGCCUCUUUGUAAAAACGUCUGUGGGGAAAAUAAUGAACGCCUUUCUGGAAGUAUGCUAGCAUAAGCACUAACCGUCUAGUUCUGUCUGAGUUAAAGUAAAGGAACAGAUUAUAUCGCAGAUUUUAUGUGAUACUAAUGCGAGAGUUUUUGAAACAAUGAGCAGUAUCCCUUUCAGCGGUUUGUGAUCUUCCUAUGAGCACGAGUGUUAGUGGUUUCCAUUGGCAACCGGACCCGUGCUCACGAGAACAACAAGCUCGCUCAUGACACAUGUCCCAUCCCAACAGCAGAAGAGACAGAGUACGGAGAAGUUUACCGUGAUGUGAAACUUGUUACGGUGAAGACAUUAAAACAGAUCGAGAGGGCCUGCUGCCUGAUCAUGGCUGCUCUGGUUCGACCUGGAGUCAAUGUUUCAGAGCUGUGUGAGGAAGGAGACAAGUUCCUUGAGGCUGGAGAGCUGGGGAGGGCUACCUCCCUCUACAUGUCUGCCUUCAGGACUCACGCCGCCUCCACCGUGUCCCACAUGCGGAAACUGAAGUCUAGCCUGGGUGGGGUGAUCUCUACUCUAGAAGGUUGGCUUGACAGUCAUGAGAAGACCCAGCCUGCUGAGGGUCUUAAUAAAGGUCUUGCAGCCGUGUUUCUGUCCACACUCUGCCCCAACAAUCUGUCAGCCACCAUUUUCAAAAUGGAGUCUCUCCUUCAGAGUGGCGGGCAUGGCUGUGAGGAGAUUUUUGCUCGCUGCACUGCUCUGCUUGAAGGGAAGCGACGCCUUCAUCCACAAGGUGCGACUAGCAUGGUGUUGGAGAUAACACGUGCCCUGGCCUGUUUGUUCUCAGAGCCUCACAGUAUCAAGGGGCUGAAGCUUUACCUCAAAGCUUACCAGAGUAACAAAUCUGAAACCGUAACACUGAUUGCAAGCAGACAAGCUGAGCACCUACCCAAAAUAGUGAGGGCCUUUACAGACCAAGUACUGCGCAUACAUCCCUCUCUGAUGAUUGACAGCGAGUGUGCAGUGACAACAAAGGAGAAUGAUAAGCUAGAUGUAGAGGCAUCCUCUACAAUUAUUGAGUUUUUGUUGGCUAUCUCACCUGGUAAUAUAGAAGUGCAGGAACUUCAAGCAGCAUAUUUGUUUUUGACAGGCAGGUUUGGUGACAGUGCAGAGGUGUACUCUGUUCUCUUGCAUCAUGGUCAUUGUCAGAAAACGUCAGAGAGUAGUACAGACAAGUCAUUCCAAGACACUCCUGAGAGGAGAGCUAGACUCUUUACCAGUCGAGCAGCUGUCUGCUUGUCAGCAGGUGGACGGACUGCAGAGGCGUGCAGGGAUCUGGCUGAGGCAUUUGAGAUACACCCUGCCACUGCCCGAAUUUAUUUCCAAAAGCUAUUCACAGAUCACGGAACAGGGGUAGCUGCUCGCAACCAUCUCCGUCAGCAGGCAGAGAGGGGCCUGUUUGGUUACAGAGAAAGGGUCCUCAUCCGUCCAGACUUGCGGUCAACUGAAGGAGUUGAACUCCUGGACCCUGUGAUCACUCAGUUACGGACUCUGUGCCAUUUAGAGCCUGACGGGGGAGGCAGAGAGCUGCGGGUACGACUGGCCGACUGUCUUCUCCUCAGAGGGGAACACAAAGAGGCCCUCUCUAUCUGUAGCCAGCUAGCUGCCUCCCAAGGCCAGCAGAGCUACCAAAACACAGUGCAGGUUCUUCGUGGAUAUGCACGACUUCUCUCUGAAGACCACAAGGGGGCGUUAGAAGACUUCCAGGCUGUAAUUGAACACAAUGCCCCCCACCCGUGCAGCUGUGUGCGGGCGCUGUGUGGCAGGGGGCUCCUGCGCAUGAUGGGCGGCUUGAACUACCUCACAGCUCUUGACUAUGUGACAGCUAGCAGGCUGCAGCCUCAGGAAACAGCACUGACUGUUCGCUGCUUGGUGCCAUGGAACUACCGGGGGCUGCUGUUUACUGUUUUACUGGAGCAGGGACGAGUCAUGCUGGAGGGGACUAGAGAGCACGAAUCCAAGUCCAGUUCCAGUGAAGACUCCCAACAGCCCCAGCAAGGGUUUCAGCUGCAGGCCCCAUUUACGAGAGACAACCACAGAUCAGGGACUCCUGCUGGUGUCCAAUCCCUGGCUGUGCUGCUGAAGGAGCUCCAGCCCGGUGCUGAUGGGUCUCAGAUCCUGGCAGCAGAUGCCUUGUACCAGCUUGGCCGGGUGGAGGAGGCCUACCGGCUACUACUUUCCAUCGGGCCCACCAGUCCUCGGGCACCCAUACUGGCUCGCCUUGCCCUGCUGCAGCUACACAGAGGCUUUCUUUAUGACACCAAUCAGCUGCUGAAAAAGCUCAUUCAGUGCGGUGAUACAAGCUGCUUGCGCCCCCUGUUAGCGGUGGCACAACAGAAGGACCUGGCACUGCUGCAGGCACACUGCCACUCUGCUGCAAAACGCAUCCUGGAGGGCACACGAGAGGAGAGCGCUGUCAGGGAGGCUGUGGCCUAUCUUUCCAUUGCUAUCAUGGCCUCUGGUGGCGAGGCAGCAGACUCUUUGCUGGAGAGAGCGAGGUGUUAUGCCCUGCUGGGCCAACAAAAGACAGCCAUCUUUGAUUUCAGUGCCAUUCUGAAGGAACACCCAAAACAUGUUCAGGCCCUCUGUGGAAGAGGCUUUACCUAUCUCAUGCUGAACCAACAAAAGGAAUGCACUUACGAUAUCCUGGCAGCACUGCAGAUAAACACUGACAUAGUCACCAAAGACAUCUUGUCACUCAAGGACAAGGCACGGAAGCUGGUCUGUGAUUGGCUUCAUCAGUUCUGUCGGAACAAUCUGUCAGACAUCCUGGUCACUAGUACUGUCCCCUGCCAUGGAGAGAAACUCAGAGAUGCUUUUAUAAUUGGUGGAGCUCUGAUGAAGACUGACUGCAGAGACCCCAGAUGGCAUCUCCUCUAUGUGGACAUACUCGUAGCCAAAGGUGAAAUUAAGGCAGCAGGCGCUCAUCUGUGCCAGGUGUUUGGCCAGGAACCAAGAGAUGCAGUGGCCCAGGCCAGGGUGGGUGUGGUGGAGGCCUGGCAGCAGAAAUACUGCAGUGCAGCUCGCAGGCUCAGCAAACUGAUUGAGAAAGAUGCGUCCAGUCUGGACUUCUUGCUGGCCCUGAUCCCAUUCAAUCAGCGAAAACGCAUGGCACAGGCAGCAGCAAAGGAGGCCAGCAGUGUGUCAUCAGGUGGCCAAUGGGAUCAGGCCCUCAGACUCCUGACUGUGGCAGUACAAGCUGUGGGCAAUCACAGACUCCAGUAUCUUCGCCAGCGGGCUGCCUGCCUCGCCCAGCUGGGUUUACAUGAGCGGGCCAUAGCUGACCUGGACAGAGUUAUCCAGAGACACGGUGGAUCUGACUCCAGCUGCUCAGAUGAUCCCCAAGUCAGGGUGGAGGACCUUUGUCGACGAGGCCGCAGCCUGGUGCUCUGUUCCAGAGAAGGAGCAGCUCUGGAGGACUUCACUCUGGCCUUGGAGCUCCACAAGAACCAGACCAUCCAGUGUGUGGAGGCUGGUCUGGGGAGGUUGCGCCUGGCUGAGUGCUUCCUGCGGGGGGCGCUGCAGCACUAUGGGGAGGAGCAGCUUAGUAAAGCCUGGACAUUAAUUGAAUGUGGCCUCGUUGUGGACAGUGAGAACGCAGAGCUCCGCAGACUGAGGACAAGGGUCAAACGAGAAGUGGCCAGCCCCUGCAAUGUCAACUAGUGCUGAUAGUCAGAAUCACACAGGGCACAGGAGCUUCAGCCGAGCUUACAUAAUGUAGCCAGGUCAGUGCCUGUACCUUAAGAUGUCGUAUUGUGGAGGAACAAUCUAACUCAUGACCAAUUUUCCCCAAUUUUAUAGGACGUUUGAUCAUUCUUUGAGGACACGGUGCUUCAGUUCACAUUUUGUCUUCCAAUUUUAAUUUUAAGUUUGUAGGAUCAGUGAACAGUAUAUUGAAUAUGAGAGGAGUAUGUGAAUGGUAGAGAUUUUCAACACCACAAAUGUACUGAAUGUUUUAUUAUGCCUUAAUUUAUGAUCCAAUUAACUUCGGUAGUUCAUACAUUUUAUGACUGAAACAUCAGUAAGUGAAUUAUUGUGGAAAUAGAAACAAAACAUGAUGGUAAUAAUGAUUAUAUGGUAUGAAGGAAAGCAAGCAACGUGAAAUUAAAUAGCAUAGUUUAAUUCAAACCAUCACACCUAAAUGAGAGAUUUAAGAAAGUGUCCAA